AUGGCCGAGUCUCAGCUCCCAGGCCUUCCUGGCUUCGACAAGCACAACAUUCAACCAUGGACUGUCGAGGUCGUUGUCUCUAUGACUGUUUUGGCGUUGGUUUCUUGUGGUCUUCGGUUGUAUAGUCGGCACUUGAAGGCGCAGAAGCUUUGGUGGGAUGACUAUGUUAUUCUAUUCUCCAUGGUAGUUCAGGCGUGGAAUUUGGUCGUUGUAGGAUUCAUCUUCGCCAUGCACGCCAACGGAAUGGGCAUUCACGCAGACAAAGUCCCUCCCUCGCAAAUCGUGAUGAUGGCAAAAUGGCUAGUAGUCGCUGAAGUUCUCUACGCUUGGAACCUUGGCUGGACGAAGCUGAGUCUCUUGCUCAUGUACUACCGAAUCUUCCGUGUCCCCUACUUCAAGAAGAUGGCAUGGCUCGUUGGAACCUUUGUCUUUGCUUGGGUCAUCACCAUCACCUUUCUCUUCAUCUUCAUCUGCAUCCCAGUUGCCAAGCUCUGGUAUCCCGAUCUCCCUGGCCAUUGUAUCAACCAAGUCGGAACAUGGAUCGCCAACGCCGCUUCGACGAUUUUUACCGAUAUUGUCAUCUUGUGUCUACCACUGCCUCCUAUCUGGAAACUUCAGCUCGGCAAAUCUGAAAAGCUCGGUCUAACAGCUGCUUUCGCCAUUGGAUCUUUCGUCGUCUUCGCCUCGGCCUAUCGAACCAGCGUUCUCUUCACCUACACUAGCACUGAUCCAAGCUAUACUCUCGCUCCUACAGUAGGAUGGACCGAGAUCGAAAUGUCAGCCGGUAUUGUCUCGGCGAAUCUUCCAACAAUGCUACCAGUUCUCCGACUCGUCGCCAAAUUCACCGGCCUCAGCAGCUUCGCAUCAACAGUCCGCAGUACCGUCAGAAAAUCAAGCGACAAGUCAACAAAGGGUCUCAAGUCCCACGAGAAUACCGGCGCUGGCAGGAGUUCCAACGGCUCUGCAUCGACGAAUGCGUUCUACAGACUACCAGACGACAACGACUCUACCGAUUUGAUCAAGGGGCCGAAAUUCACAGAGACAUCAGCACCAGUCAACACUAAACUAAGGCCUGAUGUUGAGGGCUUUGAGCUUACUACUACGACAUACAACGCCAAAGUCGACGGUGGGAACUCGAGCAGUGAGGAGAUAUUGCAGGGCAUAAGAGUGCACAGAGAGUUCCAGCAAACGACUACACGAUCACCAUAA